CCGUGAGAGGGGGGGGGGGUAGGAGCUCGGGAGGGGCUUAGUAAAGUCCUGACCAGCCUGGCACUUUGAGAAGUCCCGGAGAAGACGUGUGUGUGGCAGACAGGAGCCCGAGCACGAUGGCCACCGAGGCCGAUAACGAUGUUUUCCUCCCUGAAGGAAGCUCCAUUAACCAGUUCUUACACGAGUUACCAAGUUACCAGUCCCUGGUGCGAAGAAAACCGUCAAAUUAUGGAACCAUGGAAUCAAAGAGGAGCAGUCAGCGGAAGCGAUCGCUGUCCCGGGGGCUCAGUCAAGUGGAGACCGUUGAUGCUGAUCUCAGUACUCCUCCACGAGAGUUAGCGCUUAGUAUGCAGGAAAAAAGAAAAUUAAGGGUUGAACAGGCGAUGCUUACCCAGCACUACAAAGGCUGGACCCUUUGGAAAGACAACACUAGAAACUUCAGCAGAAAAUUCAAACAUGAUACGUUUGCUUUCUUAAAACAUUUGUGGCUCUGGCGGUCCAAUAUUCACGAUAUAGAGGGUAAAUUUGGUACCGGUAUUGGGUCUUACUUCUCAUUUUUGAGAUUUGUGUUGCUGCUGAAUUUUGUCAUUUUCCUUUUGAUGUUCUGGUUUACAACCCUGCCACUCGUCAUUUCUAAACUGGAUGUUUUCAACAGCACUCAGAUCGUUUCAGGCAGUGCUGAGACUGAAUGUUCAAAAUACCCACAGCACAACCAAGGGCUGAAAUAUUUUUACACGAACAUCGUAGAUCUGCUCUCUGGAACGGGUUUCCUCGAAAUGACUUAUCUGUUCUAUGGAUUUUACACGGUAGACUAUGUCACGGUGUACAAUUUUAAUUAUAGUCUACCGCUGGCCUAUGUACUGGUCACGAUCAUCUACCUGCUGCUAAGCAUUUUCUGGAUUGUGAAAAGGGCAGUAGAAGGCUUUAAGCAUAACCUUGUGAAUGACGAAGAGAGAUUUCAGAGCUUCUGCAAUAAAGUAUUUGCCGGCUGGGAUUUCUGUAUUAAAGACCAGUACUAUGCUGGUCUGAAGCAUAGCAGUCUGCUGCAUGAGCUGCAGACUGACUUGGCAGAAGAAAGAUUGCGGAACAGGAAGCAGAAACGAACGCGGGGAGAAACCAUUCGAAUCUAUUCCUUGAGAAUUUUCCUGAACAUCAUUGUCAUCGCAGUUUUGGCUGGCUGCUUCUAUGCAAUCUACUUGGCUACAGCCUUUUCACAAGAGUAUACAAAUGAUAUGAGCGUAAAUAAAGAGAAAGGGAUGAGCUUGCUGGUGGAGUAUCUCCCAUCUAUUGUAAUCACUAUUGCCAACUUUAUUACUCCCAUCAUCGUUGAAAAUAUAGUACGAUAUGAAGACUAUUCUCCAGCCUUUGAGAUCCGCUUUACGCUCAUAAGGUGUGUGUUUGUCCGGUUGGCCAGCAUUGCUGUACUGCUCAUCUCUUUAUGGACAAAAAUUACUUCCUGCUCAAACGGCACUUGCAAGACGUGUGGCUACAACUAUGUAGACUAUGCUUGCUGGGAGACCAGGGUUGGACAAGAAAUGUACAAGCUGAUGAUCUUUGACUUUUUAAUCAUUUUGGCAGUGACCAUAUUAGUAGAGUUUCCAAGAAAGCUGCUGGUGACACACUGUGCAUGGAGACCAUUGCAGUGGUGGGGUCAGCAGGAGUUUGAGAUCCCUCAGAAUGUACUGGAGCUUGUGUAUGGACAAACAAUCUGCUGGAUCGGAGCUUUUUAUUCCCCACUUCUUCCAGCCAUAGCGAUUAUUAAAUAUUUCAUAAUCUUCUAUGUUAAAAAGAUCACUUUGAUGGAAAACUGUAGACCACCAACUAGACUUUUCCGUGCUUCCAGUUCCAAUUUCUUCUUCCUGGUGAUAUUACUGAUUGGCCUCAUCUUUGCCUGCAUUCCUGUGGGGGUUGGAAUAGCACAGGUACCAUCAUCUAAAGCUUGCGGCCCCUUCGUUAACUACAAUACCUCCUGGCAAAUUAUUCCAAGUACAGUGGAAAAGUUCCCAGACGGCCUGAAGAAGACCAUUUAUGUCAUUUCAUCAGAGUCUUUUGCUGUUCCAUUUUUCCUGUUGUCAUGCUUGGUGAUGUUCUACUUCAUUGCGCUGGCCGGCGCCCAUAAGAAAGUGGUGGAGCAGUUGCAGGAACAGCUGGCCAUGGCAAGCAGAGACAAAAUGUUCCUAAUCCGACGCCUGGCAGAAGCUCACAGCAUCACUAUCUAGCUGCGUUAUGGGGGACUGAACCCAACAGAACUGUUACUACUGCUACAAGAGGCGCCGAUGCCCCGUGGUCAAAUGUUAUGUAAGAAUGCACUUUAUAAACUGCAGCCGAAAGCGUCUGAUACUGUCUCAACCAAGUUACCAAGGCGUAUGCCGUUAACGUAUUUUAGCAACAAAACUGUGACCGCGUGUUACAUUUUUAUUUAUUGUACAUUGCAACUCUUUG